GAGUUCGAAACCAUUGUGAGAGGCAAGGUGCUGAAGCUUUUGGUCCAUCAACUGGCUAAUCAGGUCUUCUCGUAUUGGCGCAUAGUGCAGGCAUGUUGCCCUUUGCUGUGGUUUUACCUCGACGUGCCGAGUGUUCAUGAUGCUCGAGAAACACUCAAGGUAGCCGCUGUAGCGAGCGCAUACUCUUUCAUGCUUAUGCCAGCUGCUGCAUUGAUUUGCCUCCGCCUAGCCUACAGGAUGCGCAAACUCUUUCACGGGCGGUGCCGGAAGUUGCUGUUCUGUAUCGGUCUGGUAGCUGCAGGAGCACUGCUGUUUGCUGUCGGCUGGGCCUUCGAUUUCUUCCUUGAGACACUUUCCGUUCUUCAUUUCGGGACCGACCUACCUGGCAACUUUGCUUUCCUGGUAAUCGCCGGAGUGGUCAAUUUGCUGUUGUGGUACGGCUUGCCCGAUGAGACCUGA